GGAAAAGACGGGGGGCCCACUAGUUUAUCCAAUCAAACGGUCUACAUAUAUCCGGGGGGGGGGGGAAUUACUUUAGUUAUCUGCAACAAAACACAUUUUACUUCAAUCUUUUUCCUCCCUAUAAUUGGAACAAUUCAAAAAAUAACCCUGAAACCUGAAACCUAA